AUGAUCUUGGCGGACUUGGCAGGACGACAACAGUUGCCGUUACAACCACGUGAGAUUCCAUUCAGCAUCAUGGAUCAUACGAACGAACAUGUGGAUUUAAAUCAGUUUCAAAACCUGGCUCAAGUGCUUCGUUAUCGAGCGACCAAGAGUGGGAACGCACGGAAUGCUGCAUUUACAGUCGUAGACGGAAGAGGCAAAGAAUCAGCGAGCAUGACUUGGGAAAAACUCAAUGCGAGGGCCGAGAAGGUGUCGCACAUGAUUCGUGAAAAGUCUGGAUUACACCCGGGCGAGCGUGUCGCGUUGAUCUAUCGUAAAUCGGAACAUUUGGAAUUUGUGGUUGCGCUGUUAGGAUGCUUUUUAGCCGGCAUGGUAGCUGUGCCAAUCAAUGCGGCCGAAGAAUUGGCGGAAUUGUCGUUUAUUCUGAGCUUGACGAACGCGUAUUUGGUGUUGACGACGGAUUUUAAUUUGAAGGCUUUUACAAGGGAUAUGCAGGCCAAAUCGAUUGAGUUUCCUUCGAAUAUCGAUUGGUGGAAGACCACGGAUUUUGGAUCGUGGUAUCCGGGCAAAAAGGGCGGCUAUCCUACCAUCCAAGUGCCAGAUUUGGCGUACAUUGAAUAUGCAAAGGCUACAAAUGGCGAAUUGAAAGGUGUGGCUGUGAAUCACAAGACAAUCAUGUCUGGUUGUACUUCGUUCCAAGGUGCAGUGACCGAAACAAAGUCGUCUGUUACGCCGGGCGAACAUGGUGAUGAACUUAGGUUGACCCCUGUUUAUAAUGCAAGAGGGGGGGCAGACACUGUGGUCACGUAUUUGGAACAACGGCAGCAGAUUGGUUUGGUGAUUUCUGUGCUAUGGUCCAUCUUUGCUGGCUGCCAUACCGUAUUUGCUAGCUCGAGCAUUGUUGAUACUCCAGCCGUAUGGAUCUAUGUCCUUUCCAAAUUCAAAGCAUCGAUGGCACUGGCGGAUUACUCUUCGCUGAAUUUUAUAGCAAAGUACUAUCAAACACAUACCAAGGAAGUCGUGAACCAAAGCAAAAAAGUGAUGCCCGAUUUGUCGUCGUUGCGCUUCCUGAUGGUGGAUUCACUGGUUGUGCGACCUGAUUUGAACGAUUUCAUUGCCGAAUCUUUGCUCAAGCCGUUAAAGAACAAAACACCGGCACAGACGAUAUGUGCUAUCGCAUCCUUGCCCGAACACGGUGGUAUGAUCAUUGGUUUCCGAGACUUUUUGGGCCCGGCGCAAUUGGAGCAAGAAGAGACAGUGGACCAAGCAAGUAGAGAGCCGUUGGUGACAUCUGUGUUGGCCACAGGCAGUGCGCGCGAUAUUUUCGAGUGUACUUUGAAUGCGGAUGUGCUCAAGCUGAACAAGGUCACGGUCAUGGCCACUGGAGAGCAAGCACGGAAAGAUGCCGAUUCUUCACCAGAGGUUGUCUGUGUUGGGUCCUUUGGAUUUGCCAUUCCUGAAGCAACGAUUGCUAUAGUGGACCCAGAGACAGGCGUCCUCUGCUCUCCUGAUACGAUCGGCGAGAUCUGGGUCGAUGCGCCAUCCAUAUCCGGUGGGUUCUGGGCCAUGCCGAAACACACAGAGGCCGUGUUCCAUGCAAAGCCUAUCAUUGUCCCGCCAGAGACGCUUCGCCCUGAGAUUUAUGACCAAGAGUUUCUGCGGACUGGUUUGGUGGGAACAACGAUCGGCGGCCGUGUGAUUAUAUUUGGCCCGUACGAAGAGCGUGUGCGUCAGCAACGAUUAGGGGAAACGUUUGGUUUGGAAGAAGUCUAUUUCUCGACGAAUAUUUUGCAAACUUUGAAGAAGCACACACGGGUGGAUCAAUGCACGAUCUUUGAGUUGGCAGUAAAUGAUCAACAUAUGCCGAUCGUUGCAUGUGAGAUAGCCAAUGUUGCCAAACCCGAAUUGGGCAAAGUGGCCAACGCGAUCAUUGACACUGUGCUCAAUUUCCAUGGACUCCGCAUCUACGGCGUUAUUGUGAUGGCUCCCAACACCAUGGCCCGAUGGGUCAAGCAUGGCCGACGACACGUGCACCCGCUGAUGGUCAAGCGUGCGUUUAUGAACGGUGAAAUGCCCAUCCGGUAUCUCAAGAUGGAUGUGGACCGCACGGUCUUCAACUUGGCUGCGAACGAAGACGUCGUCAAUGGACUGUGGCGAUCUUUUGCAGCAUACGACAAGGCCAUCCGCACCGGCCAAAUCAUGCCUCGGCCGCAACAACAGCAACAUACCGGCAUGGAGACGGUGAGGGAGGUCAUUGACGAACGCACUGAUUUUGACCUGAACAAGUUUAGCAACAUUGUCGAUGUUUUGUUGUGGCGCACCAAACUGACGUCGGAAGAGGUUGCCUAUAUCGCCGUGACACAGGCGACCAAUGGCACUGUGAUCAAUACCAAGCCGUACUCGUGGCGCAAGAUCAACAGCAAGAUUGCGGCUGGGGCCAACUACUUGAUGAAGAAGGGCUGGAAGCGCGGACGAAAGGCAUUGGUGUUGGUUCCGUUCGGCGUGGAGUGGAUCCAGGCCAUCUAUGCAUGUAUGGUGUUGGGCGUGAUCCCGGUUCUGUUUGAACCACCGGAUCCAGAACAGAACCUACAGCGGUUAAAGGAAGAAGUGGCGGCCAUGGUGAGCACGGUCCGUGAUCUUGAUGUGACGUACAUUCUGACCAACUCGGCCUCGGAAGAUAUCAUGAAGCACAAGAACACGUCCAUGAUGAUGAAGCAAGUGAUGAUGCAGUACAAGGACAAGCGCUACAGAUUGCCUGACUAUACAAAUAUCGGUAAGGCUUCCAAGACGAGCAAGGUAUUGGGUAAAGAGAGCGGAUUCUAUGUCAAGCCCGAGUGGUUCUCGACAGGUGAAACGUUCCCUGCACUCAUCUCGGUGCACACGGCAAUGGAUGGCAGACACACGUACACGACGUAUGGUCAUGAAACGAUCUUGGCGCAAUGUCGUGCGCAAAAGACGACGUGUCAGCUCAAGGCGCAACGAAGCAUCGUUGGUUCUGGACUGGGUGCAUACGAUGGUUUGGGAAUGUUGCAUUUUGCGUUCUGUGGUGUCUAUGUUGGCUCGCCAACAAUCAUGCUGUCUGUAAGUGACUUUUAUGCCAAUCCAUCCAGCUACUUUGAACUGCUGACACGAUACAAAGCCAAGGACGUUUGCUCGUCGCAUCCGUUGAUCCAGUAUUACAUGAAUUACUCAAAGAAGCUGACUCCCAUGGAACAAGGCAGAUUUGCUUUGCCGACUGUUCAGAACUUGAUGCUUGUUACCGAAGGCCGACCCCGUCCGGGAUUAUACCAACACAUGGUACAAACAUUUGCGUCAAGGCGUCUCGAAAAGGAAGCAAUCAACACAGUAUACAGCCAUCUGGGCAACCCAAUGAUCACUACGCGAUCCUAUAUGCUCAUUGAACCGAUCUCGUUGCUUGUUGAUUUUGCAUGGCUUCGCCAAGGCAUCAUUCGACCUCUUCCUAUUGAAGAUGAAGCGUACGGCAUCAUUCUGCACGACUCGGGUAUUGUUCCUUCCAACACGAUGGUAGCCAUUGUGAACCCGGAAACAGGUGCUGUGUGUCCUAGCAAUAUGGUUGGCGAGAUCUGGGUCUCGUCGGAUUGCAAUAUCAAGGGCAUUUAUGGCCAAACCGAAGCAGAGCGUCAGGCCAAGUUUGAGGCGACGUUGGCAGGUGCUGAUCCACGCAUCAAAUAUAUGCGCACAGGCGAUCUGGGCUUUUUGUGGAACGUACAACGACGUGUCGACAGGGGCCAGCCAGUGAUUGAAGAAGGACAGUGUUUGUUUGUGCUCGGUGCAAAGAGUGAAACGAUUGAACGGAACGGAUUGAUCCAUUUCCCAUUCGAUGUGGAGCUUACCGUCGAGCGUUGUCAUCCUGGCAUUGUACCUGGAGGAUGUAUCAUUUUCCAAACAGGACAAGAAAUUGUUGUGCUAGCAGCUGUCAAGGCAAACAACCACGCACUCUCGUCUGUACCCUUGAUCGUCAAUUCCAUUCUUGAGAGCCACUCGUUCCUUGUCGACACGGUUGCGAUUAUUCAUAGCAACCAGUUGCCACGGACACGAUUUGGCGAGAAGCAGCGUAGAAAGGCCAUGGCCUCUUUCUUGGAAAAGCAGUUGCCAGUAUUGUACGUGAGCCGUAUCACGAACCAGCACGAACCGCUGAGUCUGCCCCAAUGGACUCAAUCGCAGUACGAUAUCGACACACAAUCUGUUAUUUCAAUGUCGCAGCAGCAGCAACAACCGCAGCCACCACUUUCUGUCAGCGGCCGGUCGAUGAGUGGAGGAGAUAACAAUACAGAGAUUGGACGCAGUGAUAGUAUUCCAAGCCAACUGGAACGACGCGACACUGGCAGCUCUAAGCAAUCAGGCACUCGCAUUUCGUCUAUGCCUACUUCGCCUGCAGUGGCAGGACCACCGCCACAAUCACUUUAUUAA